GUGACGUCGUCUGCGUUUGUAUGCCAGUGACAGAUACUUGAUUUGUGCUUAUUUAACUUCAUGGCUUAUGGGUGACCGACGGUUGUGUGGCCGUGUGGGUUGUCAUUGGAACGCGCGGCUCUAGGCUCCGCGGAUCCUCCGCCCUGUGUCCUCACAGCCACUUGGGGACGGCCGCAGAUAAAAGAGGGAAGCCAGAUUCGGGGCCUUAGAAUGGAAGAAUGGAGAAUUAUAGCAAGGUCACACAGACUUGAUCUUGAGAUGAGAUUUUUUUUUUUUUUUUUUUUUUUGGAAGCUCGAUGUGACCCCAAGGCAGGCUUUUGGGAAGACCUGAUGAAGCCCCAGGAGUAGGAGUAGGAUCCCCCCUGGAAGCUCCUAGAGGUCACCUACAUGUUUCCUAACCAUAGCGUUUCCAGAACUCCGGCCCCAGGAACAUGCUGUGAAUUGGAGAUAGAUUCCACCCGAGACGUCAGUGAUCCUGGCCUCUCUCAUACUGGGAAGGUCAACACUGCUCUAGUAGCCUUUCUACUCCCAGUCUGGUUGUGUGUGGGGGACUGGUGUUAGAAGUUACUGUGCUAUCCAAGAAAAUCCUGAUGUCUCAUGAUUGCUUUCUCUUUUCCCAGGGCUGCCAGUCUCUUAAAAAAAAAAAAAAAAAAGAUACUGAGAACAAAAAGAAUUUUUGUUACACAUCUAAAAGUUAAAGUUCAGGUGCCAUUGACAUUCAGUGAUGUUGCCAUAGACUUUUCUCAGGAGGAGUGGGAAUGCCUAAAUUCUGAUCAGAGGGAUUUGUACAGAGAUGUGAUGUUGGAGAAUUAUACUAACUUGGUCUCACUGGACUUUGAUUUUACAACUGAGACCAACAAGUUAUCUUCAGAAAAAAGCAGUUAUGAAGUAAAUUCAUACCAUCGGGAGACAAUGAAAAGAAGUAAAACCUUCAACCUAAUGAGGUUUAUUUUCAGAAAUGACCCACAGUGCAGAAUUGAAUUUGGGAGAGAACAGGCACCCAACAUGGGAUGUUUUAGUCAAAUGACAUUUAUAAAACAUAGAUCUCUUCCUCUACAUCAGAGAAUUCACUCUAGAGAGAAAUCCUAUGAAUGUAAGGAAUGUAGGAGGGGCUUUAGAAAAAAAUCACACUUUACUGAACAUUUGAGAGACCAUAAUGGUGUGAGACCAUAUGAAUGUAAAGAAUGUGGAAAGGCCUUUAUAGUUCUCCAGCAUUUUAUUAGACAUAAAAAAAUGCACACUGAUUUGAAACCCUAUGGAUGUAAUGGAUGUGAGAAGGCCUUUAGGUUUUAUUCACAGCUUAUUCAACAUCAGAUAAUUCAUACUGGUGUAAAACCUUAUGAAUGUAAGCAAUGUGGGAAGUCUUUUAGACGUUAUUCUCACGUUACUGAACAUCAGAAAAUUCAUAUUGGUUUGAAACCCUAUGAAUGUAAUGAAUGUGGGGAAACUUUUAGAUUGUACCGACAUAUGUGCCUACAUCAGAAAAUGCAUCAUGGUGUGAAACCCUAUAUAUGCAAGGAAUGUGGGAAGGCUUUUGGUCAUCGCUCAAGUCUUUAUCAACAUAAGAAAAUUCAUUCUGGUGAGAAACCAUAUAAAUGUAAACAAUGUGGAAAGGCCUUUGUUCGCAGCUAUCUACUUAUUGAACAUCAGAGAAGUCAUACUGGCGAGAAGCCUCAUGAAUGUAAGGACUGUGGAAAGGCCUUUAGUAGGGGCUCAAGCCUUCUUAAACAUAAGAGAAUUCAUAGUAGUGAGAAGCUCUAUGAUUGUAAGGAAUGUGGGAAGGCCUUCUGUAGAGGCUCUCAACUUACACAACAUCAAAGAAUUCAUACUGGUGAGAAGCCACAUGAAUGCAAAGAAUGUGGGAAGACAUUUAAGCUUCAUUCAUACCUUAUUCAACAUCAGAUAAUUCAUACUAAUUUGAAACCACAUAAAUGUAAACAAUGUGGGAAAGCCUUCAGUCGUGUUGGAGACCUUAAAACACAUCAGUCAAUUCAUGCAGGGGAGAAACCAUACGAAUGUAAGGAAUGUGGAAAAACCUUUAGACUUAAUUCUCAACUGAUUUAUCAUCAGACAGUUCAUACUGGUUUGAAACCAUAUGUAUGUAAAGAAUGUAAAAAGGCCUUUCGUUCUAUCUCAGGUCUUUCUCAACAUAAGAGAAUUCAUACUGGUGAAAAACCCUAUGAGUGUAAAGAAUGUGGUAAGGCCUUUAAUCGUACUGAUCGUCUGACUCAGCAUCAGAGAAUUCAUACUGGUGUGAGACCACACAAAUGUAAGGACUGUGGAAAGGCCUUUACUCAAUGCUAUCAACUUACCCAACAUCAAAGAUUUCAUAGGGGUGAGAAACUCUUGAUGUAGUGAGAGUCAGAAAGCCUUUUAGCCAUGGCACAUCCUUUACCAUUAUCACUAUUCCACCACCUAAUGAUGUUAUGGUAAAGAUUAAGUUAUUUAACAUAAAAAUAUAAAUGCUUAGAAAGGCAUCUGGCACAUAGUGUUUGUUUACUAAGUAUUGUGAUUUUUAAAUGAUAAUCACUAGUAUUACUGUAUAUAAAUUCAUGUGGAAGGAGGGCUCUAUAAGCAUAUUUUUUUCAGAUAAUUCAUUCUGGACAAAAUCCCAUAGACUAUAUUAAACAAGACCCUUUUUUAUUCAAAGCUCAACCCCUUGAAGGUUAAUAAGAAAAAACCCUGGGCCUUUAUUGAAUAUUGAGAAUUUAGCUGUUGAAAAAUUAGAAAGUAGUUUGCAGAAACUUUUCUUACAAUAAAUUCUGUAAUACAGAUAACAUACAAUCCACAUUCCCUACAAUUGAAAUAAAUUAAAAACUAAUAAUUUGGUAGCCAAAGACAUACGUUGACUUGGAAAAGUUUUCCUCAAGUUUUUGAAAGUUUCCAAACUUACAUAAAAGGUACAGCAGUGUUACAAUGAUGUUUUUUUGCCCUCCACCUAAAUUCAAUAUCUAAUAUUUCUCUCAAUAUGUAUGAACAUGUAUAUAUACAGAUGCACAAAUACCAUAUAUCAUUCUUAUUGCAUAUUGAAUGUAUUUUACAUAUAUCAUUUUGCUGUGUUUUUCAGUGAAUGUUUUAGAUACCACUUCACCUCUAAAAAGUCAACAUACAAUUCUUAGAAUUAAGGAUAAUCUAGAUGACCAUUAACCCACUGUUACCUAAAAAGACAUUAACAAUAACCCUAUAUUGUUUUACAAUAUUCAGCCCAUUUACAAAUUUCUCUGAUUGUUUAAUGAACAUCUUCUAAAAGUGCUGGAUUUUUAAAAAGUCAAAAACCAAACUAAGCUCAUAUAUGUUAUAUGACUGGCUUAUUGAGUCUGAUAAGAAUUGGUCAAGAAUUUACUCUCCACCUCCUUACCUUUUUUGAAGACUCAGAAGAAGUAACCUACAUAAUAUUGUUAAUUCCAUAUUUGUCCUUUUUCUCAAGGUGGGCUUAACUUUUCCUCUUUCCUUUGUAUUUAUUUUGAACUGAAGGUUAUGUCUAGAGGCUUGAUUAGGUUUCAGAUUACACAUUUUUUACAAGACAACUUCAUAGGUAAUAGUGUACUUAAUAUUAUACAAUAUCAGUUGGCAUACCAGUGAAACUAUGUUUGGUCUCUUGGUUCAUGUAUUGAUCACCAUUUCUCUCCGUUGUACUGGUACAUUUUUUCUUUGCAAUUAAUAAUCCACGGAAAGUCACAUUGGCAUUCCACUUGAAAUUUAAAUUGGUUAUUAUUUUAAAGAAAUUAAGACCCCCCCCAAAACUCCUCAUAUUUUAUAUUUAUCCAUAUAUUUACUUUUCCCCGUGCUCUUCAUUAUUUCCAGUUACCAAUUCCCAAUGGUCUGAAUUUCCAUGUGGUAUCAUUUUCCUUCACCUUAAAGAACUUUAGCAUUUCUUGGAGUGCACAUCUGCCGGUGAUGAAUUUUCAGUUUCUUUUACUGAAUGCCUUUGUUCUUGAAGGGAGUAUUUUUCUUAAAAUAGACUUAUGGGUUUUAUUGUGUAUUUUGAAAAAGAUAUUGUAACGCUGACUUCUGGCCUCCAUAGAUUAUGAUGAGAAGUCAUUUGAAUUCUUUUCCUUCUGUGUCAUUUCUCUUUGCAUGUUUUCAAGAUUUUGUCAUUAUCUCUGUUUUUCAUCUGUUUGACUAUGCUGGUCUAGGUAUGGUUUUAUGUUAAUCCUGUUUGGAGUUCUCUGAGCCUCUGAAAUCUGUAUGCCUUUCCCCAAAUUCCAGAAACUUUUAUCCAUAUUCAGAUUUUUUUUUCUGCCUUUGCCUCUCCUUCUGGGAUUCCAAGUACUCAUGUUAAAUCUUUUGAUAUUAUUCCACAGGUCACUUGUUCUGUUGUCUUCAACUGUUUUUCUGUUUUUCAGAUUGGAUAAUUUCUAUUACUCUAUCUUCAAAUUCACUGAUUCUUUUUCCCAUCAUUUCAAUUAUGCUGUUAAGCUUAUCUAUCAAGUCUUAAAUUUGAGAUGUUGCACUUUUUAGUCCUAUAGUCCUCAUUUAGUGCUUUUUUUAUAGCUUCUAUUUCCUUACUAAGAUUUCCUGUUUCUUAAUUGCAUAUUUUGACAAUACUUUUGAUUCUGAAGAAAAUCUUUCAUAUAUCGAUUCAUGAUAGGAAAAUUAGUAAAAUUAGUAUUAACUUAUGAAAAGUGUCAUUUUCAGGAAAUAUUCCUACCCUUUUAGCUAAGUCAUAAAAACAGUUUUUCCUUUCCUUGGAAUUUCAGAUUUUGUUUGUUCAAAUGCAGUGUGAUACUUGUGAGAAAGCAGAUCACACUGUCAUUUUGGGGGUCUUGAUUAUGAAAUAUUUGCCAAGUAUUUUUAAAUUUUUUUAAAUAUUUAUUUUUGAGAGAGAGAAAGAGCACAAGUGGGGAAGGGGCAGAGAGAGAGAGAGACUGAGAGAGCACAGAGCCCGACGAGGGGCUCAAAGUCACAAACCACAAGAUCAUGACCUGAGCCAAAGUCAGACACUUAACUGACUAAGCCACCCAGGCACCCCACCAAGUUUUUUUUUUUUUAACAAAGCCUCAGAGUUGAAAGUACCGUAAAUCUUUGUAUAACUCUUCCACCAUUCAACCAAUGAGCACUGGCAAAAAACAUAAGAUAAAUAAAUUCAUUGUUUUCUGUUUCUUUCAACAGCUCCAUAAGUGACAAUGAUUCAUAACAUUUACAUGUAUAUACCAAGCCAUCAUACUUUUCAUACUGGGAAGCAAGUCAAUUAGGGAGACAUUAGGCUCUUACCUUAAAAUUCCAAGGAAUCCACAUUUUAACAGCAUGGCUGGAGCACCACCUGUUGUAACAGAAUUUUUUUUUUUCAUAUCUAGAGGAAAUUCUUUUUUUGACAUAUAUAGAAGAUUUUUAAUUAUCUAUGGUAUGAAUCUAAUUUUGUAGGCUGAAAAUUGACAACAUUUCUAUUUGAUUUGGAAGUCUUUGAAACAAAAUGUACCCAGAGUGUUAAUUUGGCAAUAUUUCAUAUUGUACAACUCACCUAAAAACUAAAGAAUAUAUGUAGCUUUACUAAUUUUGAAUUAAUCUUUAAUAUUGUUAGAAAGAUCUUUUAUGAGCAGUUGACUGGUGGCUUAAUUAAAAAAAUUUUUUUUUACUUAAAAUUUUUUUAAAUGUUUUUAUUUAUUAUUGAGAGAGAGACAGAGCGUGAGCCAGGGAGGGGCAAAGAGGGGGACACACAGAAUCCGAAGCAGGCUCCAGGCUCUGGGCUGUCAGCACAGAGCCCAACAUGGGGCUCAAACCUACGAACUGUGAGAUCAUGACCUAAGCAGAAGUUGAUGCUUAACCAACUGAGCCACUCAGGUGCCCCUUUUUUUAUAAAAUAUGUUUAGUCUUCAUAUCCUAACAAAAGUCCAUAACUAAAAUAAUUUAUCUUUCUAUAUUUCCAUCUGAAAAUUGAUAUUUUGUGUGUAAGACACAAAGCCAUUUUAUAGCUACACACAGUUAUAAGCUCAGAUUAUGUUUCAAAGUUAUUUAAAUAUUUCGGUUGCCCAUUUAAUGCUGCUUUCAGGUAAGUGAUUUUAUCGAUUUCUUUUUGGUUAUUGAAAGGAAAAUUUUCAUCAAUUUUUUUUCCAAAAAAUUUUCAAAAAUUUUUUGUUUGCUCUGUUCACAGCAAAUUGCAAUUGGCAUUUAUGGUGAAAUUCAUAGCACUUCUUCCAGCCUCUUAUUUUUUACUACUCUGGCCGGAGUACUGGCUUCCAUUUGACUACAGGCCAUUAGUAUGCUUUCAUUUUAACUUUUAAAAUUCGUACGUAUUUAUUUAACCUGGAAUAAUUUAAUUAUGAUUAAAGUAAUAAGUAUUUAUAUUUAAUUGCCAAUUAUUAUUUCCUUCAUAUCACUGCAACUCACGUUGUCUUCAUAAAAUACCCAAACAAACCCAUCGAUGGCUUGACAUCAGCUACAUCAGUGAUGUGAUUACGUGUAACACUAGAAACAACAUCUACACAGGACAUGUACAUUAUAAUACAAAAAUAAGAUCUAUGCAGUGGUUGAAGUGAAAUGUAGUCCUUCCAAAACAAUAAAGUUGUCAGUAAUGGCAAAAUAUGUCAA